GUCCUUCCCAACUUACCGGCUGAGGUUCUUCUUCUAAGUUGCUAUUGGCGAGCAAGCAAUUUGCUAAGGCCAAGGGUUUUUACUUUAGAGAUAGAGUUCUAAUUCAGCUUGCAGUUCAUGAAAACCACCGGAGAAGGGAUAGCGAAAGGGGAACCCCAAAUGACGAUUGCUGCUCCUGCAUGUCUCCGUCCCGACCAUCGUCCGGCCUGGCUUCCGCUCCCUCUCCGCCGCCUCAGCUCGCAACCUCCACCGCCGCCCAGUCGUUGUCGCCCUUGAUUCGCGCGUGCUCGACUUGUUCGAACCGGAGCUUCAACUGCUAGCUCUCGACCUCGGCCAGAAUCCUUAAUAACGCGCCAAGUCAGCCCACUGUUCUCCUUUUGCAAGAUGAUGGGAUUUUCGGAGUGGUUAAUGAAUUUUCCAAGCAAACAACGCCACUUCAGCUGUGAAAAUUCCAGAGGCACCUCGCUCGGCUGCGAAACCUACCUUCAUUUUCCUGGGGUGAGGAAAGAGUUUGCCGUCUCUAACAGCAAGCCAUCAUCAUCAGCUGAGACCAUUCCUACUACGCCUAGAACAGAAGGUGAGAUCUUACAUGCCACAAACUUGAAGAGAUAUACCUUCAGCGAUCUCAAGCUAGCCACUGGAAACUUCCGCCCCGACAGUCUACUAGGUAAAGGCGGGUUUGGGUGUGUCUUCAAAGGAUCGGUUGACGAGAAUUCAUUCACUGCUGUAAGGCCUGGAACUGGGAUGCCUGUUGCCGUCAAGAGGCUUAACCAAGAGAGCUGUCAGAGUGACCAGGAAUUGCUGGCUGAAAUCAAAUAUCUGGGGCUGCUGUUCCAUCCAAACCUAGUGAAAAUGGUUGGUUACUGCAUCGAGGAAGAACACUGGUUUUUGGUCCAUGAGUUCAUCCCUAUGGGCAGCUUGGAAAAUCAUCUCUUCAGAAGAACUUCUCAUUUCCAAACUUUGUCUUGGAACCUGCGUAUGAAGAUUGCAGUAGAUGCUGCGAAAGGCCUAGCAUUCCUUCACAGCAGUAAGGACGAAGUGGCAUUCGCAGAAUUCAGUACUUCCAAUAUCCUUCUAGAUUCGAGCUACAACGCUAAGCUAUCGGAUAUUGGUUUAAUCAUGAAGAAUCCUGUAGAGAGAAUGAACCCCUGGGACACAAGAAUCAGUGCUCCAUUUGAUGGUGGAGCUCCUGAGUACAUAGCCACAGGGCUUCGGACAUCGAAGAGCGAUGUGUAUAGAUUUGAGGUAGUCCUGCUAGAGAUAAUUUCGGGCAGGAGAGAAUUGGACAGGAACAAGCAGUUGAGGGAGAGGUUCCUUGUAGAAUGGGCGAGGCCUUACUUGAGCAACAAGAAAAAGAUCUUCCACGUGAUGGAUGUGAGGAUUCAAGGGCAGUACAACGUCAAGUGCGCGCUCAAAGUGGCGGCCCUAGCACUGAUAUGCUUGUCGGCAGACCCCAGGUGUAGACCAAACAUGGAACAAGUGGUGAGAAGUUUGGAGCAGAUUUAUCACAGCAGUAGUAGUAGUAGGUAGUAGUAGUUGCAGCAGUAGUAAUGAGGGUGAGUUAUCUGGAGGAUCAAGAUCGAAAGAAGCACCGAGUUACACAUUGGUAGUAAUUUGAGAAGGAACAGAACCAAUGAAGUUCAUGUUGUGGGUAAUUGAAGGGCUCCUCCUCCUUGUCCCAGACUUGUGCAUCUCCUGUACCUUGAUAGAUGCAUGCCAACAUCAAUUGGUUGUAUUAUGUGUUCGACCUUGAUCCAAGGCUGAAUUGCCCAAUG